CCAGACAAGAAGAAAAGGACCAAUGUUUAUUGUAAACUAUGCCCAAAAGUACUCAAGUAUUCUGGAAACACAACCAAUAUGUGUUACCAUCUGGAGCUCAACCACCGCACACAAUUUCUUCUACUUCAGGAGAAUAAGAAAAAAGAAAACGGCGAGUCUAAUACAUCUUCUGAUUCAGCACAAGCCUCAGUGAAGGACAUGCUUUCUCAAUCAAAGCCACUGCCCACAUCAUCUGCUAGGUGGAACCAUCUAACUCAGUCAGUAUGCUACUUCAUAGCUAAAGAUAUGCAGCCUAUUGAUACUAUUAAUGACACAGGAUUUCGUAAAAUGCUGAAGCAAUUUGAACCACGCUAUAUUCCUCCUGAUAGAAAAACUGUAUCUAAUAAAUACUUGCCUGAAAUGCUUCAAACGGAGAAGAAUCGAGUUCAAAAGCUUCUUGAAUCUGCAUUAUUUUUUGCUUGUACUACUGAUCUUUGGACUUCAAGGGCACAUCAUGCCUAUAUUAGUCAGACUGUGCAUUAUAUUGAUGGUGACUUUUGCUUGCAUAGCAAUCUUCUAGAGUCAAAAGAGUUCUCUGAUUCACAUACUGGGGAGCAUAUUGCUGAGGAGUUGAAGGGGGUUCUUGAAGACUGGAAGUUAUCUCUAGAUGGCCUUACAGGAUUCACAACAGAUAAUGCUGCUAAUGUUGUCUCUGCCUUAGACUGUCUGCCAUGCCCAAGACUACCAUGCUUAAGUCACUGCCUUAACCUAGCAGUUCAAAGGGCUUGUUCUAUUCCGCAGAUUUCAAAAGCUAUUGCCAGAUGCCGUCGUUUAGUAUCGCAUUUUCAUCAUUCAUCAAAAUCUGUCUACUUGCUUAAACAGAAGCAAGAAAUCCUUCACCAUCCCACUCAAAACCUUAUUCAGGAUGUUUCUACAAGAUGGAACUCCUCAUACUACAUGAUUUGUCGAGUCAUAGAUCAGCAACAACCUCUAUGUGCAGCACUAUUGGAACUAAAGAAGAGUGAUCUAAUGCCAUCUGACACUGAGUUAUCAACCAUGGAGACUUAUGUAGACAUUAUGAAACCACUUGUUGCUAUCACUGAAGCUAUGGGGGCAGAAGAAUGGGUUACAAUAUCUACAUUACGACCAAUUCUUCAUAAGCUUUUGAAUUCACACCUCGUAGGAACAGCUAGUGAUACACAAUUAAGAUUAAAAAUGAAAUCUGAAAUGCUUGCAGACCUGAGGACACGAUACCCUGAUGAUCUACUACUGCUGCUUAGCAAAGCAGCAUUUCUUGAUCCUCGACUGAAAGCUUUGCCUUUUCUCACUUUAUCAGAAUUAAAAGAGGUGACUCAAUCCAUUGAAAGUGAUGCAAUGCUUUUAACUGAAGUGCCAUCUGAGUUAGAACCUGCUGCAAAAAAGAAGAAAGGUGAACAUAAACUUUUUGAAAUUAUAGAUGACAUCAUGAAUUCAGAUAAAGUAGAUGAUCAACAACCAGUAAUAACUAACCUCCAGAAAGCUCAUGCAGAAAUCUCCAGAUAUUCUUCAGAGCCUAUUACUAGUGAUAAUCCUUUGGCAUGGUGGAGCACAAAUUCCUUUCGUUACCCAAUAUUAUCACAAUUAGCUAGGAAAUAUUUAUGUAUACCAGCAACGUCUGUUCCCUCUGAACGUGUAUUUAGCACUGCUGGGAAUAUAGUUACUAAAAAAAGAGCUUGUCUAGAUCCAGAAACUGUUAAUAUGCUGGUUUUUCUAGCUGAAAACCUCAAAUAAUUUAUUUACCUCUUAUCCUUUUGCCUAUUUUGUUGUAUUAAAUAAAUAUUAUUCAAAUUAAUUGUUAAUAUCGUGA